AUGGCUUCUUCAGCUCUCACAGCUGUUUCCCCAUUGAUCUCGUCCUUGACAGCCUUCAAGAGCAAUCCCAGUACUGCUGCUAAUCCUACAUCCCUUCUUCUGCCAAACCAUCCCUCCCAAACUAGCUCUGUGAAGCGUCGUCCAAUCUCCAUCAAAGCUACCGUCAGGGAAGCUGCUUCAUGCAAAUCCUAUGGUAGCACUCUGGGUGGGGACUCUGGUAUCCUCGCCCUAUUCGGCAAAGCUGAUGAUCAUACCUUCUCGACCGACGGGGACUCUAGCUUGUGGGCGCCACCAGCGUUCGGCAAAGCUGGUCAUGCGGCCUCCUCAACUGCAGGGGAUGCUGGCUUGAACUUGGUGUUUGGAAAAACUGGUCAUGCUUCCUCAGCUGAAGGGGACUCUAGCUUGUGGGCGCCACCAGCGUUCGGCAAAGUUGGUCAUGCGGCCUCCUCAAUUGGCGGGGAUGAAGGCUUCUUGUACCUUGUGUUUGGCAAAAGUGGACAUACCUCCUCAAUUGGUGGGGACUCUGGCGUGUUUAACCCGCUCUUCUUCGGCAAAGCUGGUCAUACAACCUCCUUAACUGGAGGGGACGCUGGAUUAUUGAUCCUCGUGUUUGGCAAAAGUGGCAAAACCUCCUCAAUUGGCGGGGACGAAGGCUUCUUGUACCUUGUGUUUGGCAAAAGUGGACAUACCUCCUCAAUUGGUGGGGACUCUGGCGUGUUUAACCCGCUCUUCUUCGGAAAAGCUGGUCAUACAACCUCCUUAACUGGAGGGGACGCUGGAUUAUUGAUCCUCGUGUUUGGCAAAAGUGGCAAUACCUCCUCAACUGGCGGGGACGAAGGCUUCUUGUACCUUGUGUUUGGCAAAAGUGGACAUACCUCCUCAAUUGGUGGGGACUCUGGCGUGUUUAACCCGCUCUUCUUCGGCAAAGCUGGUCAUACCACCUCCUUAACUGGAGGGGACGCUGGAUUAUUGAUCCUCGUGUUUGGCAAAAGUGGCAAAACCUCCUCAAUUGGCGGGGACGAAGGCUUCUUGUACCUUGUGUUUGGCAAAAGUGGACAUACCUCCUCAAUUGGUGGGGACUCUGGCGUGUUUAACCCGCUCUUCUUCGGAAAAGCUGGUCAUACAACCUCCUUAACUGGAGGGGACGCUGGAUUAUUGAUCCUCGUGUUUGGCAAAAGUGGCAAUACCUCCUCAACUGGCGGGGACUCUGGCGUGUUUAACCCGCUUUUAUUCGGCAAAACUGGUCAUACAACCUCCUUAACUGGAGGGGACGCUGGAUUAUUGAUCCUCGUGUUUGGCAAAAGUGGCAAUACCUCCUCAACUGGCGGGGACUCUGGUGUUUUUAACCCGCUCUUCUUUGGCAAAACUGUUCAUACAACCUCUUCAACCGGAGGGGACGCUGGCUUGAUCCUCGUGUUUGGCAAAACUGGUCAUAUUGCCUCCUCAACCGGUGAGGACUCUGGCUUGUACCCAAUGGCCCUGGUCGAUCAGCAAGCCUAG